CGGUUAGCGCGAUGAUUUGAUCUUGGAUGUAGUAAGCGACGUACGAAGAACGGGCCCCGGGUGGACUGGUGUCAGAAUAAUAACCUGUCUCUAAAUGUUCAGAAGACUAAAGAAAUGGUUGUUAACUUCACGAAGAGUUCAACGACCCUGCUUGUAGUCGGGAUGAGUCGACAUUGCGAAACGAUAUUAGUUUGACCCACUUAAAUACUCCUAAAACAACAUAGAAGCCACCAGAGAAUUUAGGUGGUGUGUGGAAGUAAACUUCUUUUGCUUAAAUAUACAUGUAACGAAAAAAUGUUGUUCUUCCCUAUUCGUACCACUGUCAACCACCUCCUGUGCCCUUCUAAGGGAUUCAGCUGGGUUCGUCACACUCCCAUCACUGUGUUCUUGCUGGCUGGCACAAAUGCCCUGGUUAUUUUCGUUCCCACCAUCUUUAGACUUAUAGACAUUUCUGCUGCUGCCAUGCUCAUCUUCAUCCUGCCUUCAGCUUUCUACAUCAGACUGGUCAAGAAAGAGUCCAUGAAGUCUAGGCAAAAGAUCGGGGCAAGCCUCUUCCUCCUCAUCUGUAUCACGGUCAUGUCCAGCAGCAUGAUCCUCAUCAUUCUGGACUGGAUCAAGAACGCCACAAGCGAGGUCUCUCCUGAAACUGUAUUUAGUCUUUAUAACCUGCUGAAGGUCUGCGCAGCGACAACACUACUGCUUUGAGAAGGCCUGCGAGCCUCCCGGUUCCACUUCCCCCACUCAGGGGUUGUGGGAAACUUGAAAUUUUUUCUUUAUGGGAGAAUACUUUGAAUUUUGACCACAUGCCGUGGUUAUAAGAUACCUGUUAAACUUGCAAAAAAAAAACAACCUAAGAAACAACUAAAAACAGGUUGCACUCUUGAACACCUUCAACCAAACAAUAACGAACAAGAGAGCUCGACGCGGAUUCCUUCCCACCGAGUGGAGAGCCUGUUGUAGAUGGCACACUGUGCUUCCAACAUUCACACGUCACCGAAAUGUUGUCAUCUAUUUAUGGAAGACCGGAGAUGUGCAGAAAAUGUUGUUUCUGCACAUCUCCGCUUGAGAGUACGUCAACCAACUCUUGACCUCAGCAGCAAAGAGGGCUUUGCCCACCAGUGUUACACUGUUGUUUCAAUGAAACACUAUGUAUAUCCUGUAAUUACGGUCCAAAUAAAUCAAAGACAAAUGGUAA